AUGGCUCGGUCAGAGAGGGAACAAGUCAGGGACAAGGAAGAUGAGGUCAGAGAGGCAGCUGGAGGGAGGCUGGGCGCAGGCCACGGGGAGAAAGCUAUCCGAGCUAUCGAGACAGCUGUACAAGAGGAAGAAGGGGUACGAACAAUGGGACAGCUGAAGGACGAGAAGGUGCACUCACGAUGUGCUAAAGUGACUCCCGGGCAGAACGAUGCCGGUGGAGAGGGCGAUGGCAGAGAGAAGGGUGAGGUACAGGACGCUUCCUCUUCUGGCGACGUCUUCUGUUGCGUAUGUGACAUUGAUCGACGGUUACACACAAACCUCAUCACACCAACCGCCAUCAUGACGAGCUACAUCCCGUCCCUCACGCUUCCCAGCUUCGCUUUCGAGAACCCUGCAGUGGCUAUCCUGCUACCUGUUCUGUGUGGAACAGCCACAGGAUUUGCCAUCAGCCCAAGUGUAUCUCAGACAGCAUACCGAACGCUAAAGCAACCUCCACUGCAUCCUCCCGGUUAUGUAUUCGGACCAGUCUGGACAGCACUCUAUGCCACCAUGGGCUACACAGCCUAUCGCGCGUACACCAUUGGAGCGACGUCUGCUAACCCCAAUACUGUUGCUCUGGCGAAGCACGGAGCCACUCUCUAUACUAUCCAGCUGGCCCUGAACCUGAUAUGGACUCCUCUCUACUUUGGUCUCGGUCGUCCCAUUCCCGCUUCAGUUGACAUUCUUGCUCUUGGUGGAACUCUUGCCUACCUCAUCAACAUCUGGGGACAAGUGGACCCAGUUUGCGGAUGGCUGCUCGCGCCCUACCUAGGUUGGGUCAGCUUCGCAACAUACCUCUGCAUUGGAUCAGGUUAUCUGAACAACUGGGACUUCAGGGCCAUCUCGAAGAAAAAUUAA